CAGAACUGUUAACAAAACCUCAAGAGGCGGACAUCUCAAUGGGAUGAAGCAAUUCACCCACCUGUAUAUAUAUAUUAUGAUCAUCAUUUCUACAGUUAGAGUUGUUGGAUCCUGUAUUGUUUAUCUCGCCUGAAAGAAAGUCGAGAUCUUGAUUUCCAAUCUCGCAGAUUUCCAUCUUCAAAUGAUGCAUCAAUGCGUAUUUGCUGCAAAAACACCUGCAAUCCCAUCUUCCUUCUUCAUCUCUUCUCCCAAUAAACAUUCAUCAUCUUUCUCUCUUUAUCCUCUUCUUCAAUCUCCAAAUAGACUGUCCAUUAAGUGUUCUUCUUCUUCUCCCUUCUCCUCUCCUCCUUCAGCCGCUGCCGAUGUACUGAACGAAUCAGAGAAACUUGAAGAUGCAACUGAAAAGCGUCUUCAUCCUCCGUAUCCCGGCGGCACAACGGCGAUGGGUCCCUACACAGGAAGAGAUCCGACCGUGAAGAAACCGGGUUGGUUGAGACAGAAGGCGCCGCAGGGGGAAAAGUAUGAGGAAGUGAAGGAAUCUUUGUCUCGAUUGAAGCUUAAUACAGUCUGUGAAGAAGCUCAAUGUCCUAACAUUGGUGAAUGCUGGAAUGGAGGAGGGGAUGGGAUCGCAACCGCUACGAUUAUGCUUCUUGGAGAUACUUGUACACGCGGCUGCAGAUUCUGUGCUGUUAAAACUAGCAGGAAUCCUCCACCUCCCGAUCCUAUGGAACCAUUGAACACGGCCUUGGCUGUUGCCAGUUGGGGCGUCGAUUACAUUGUUCUAACAAGUGUUGAUCGCGAUGAUCUACCUGACGGAGGCAGUGGGCAUUUCGCUAGAACUAAUAUAGCUUUGAAGGAUCUAAAGCCGGAAAUUAUGAUAGAGUGUUUGACUUCAGAUUUUCGUGGGGACUUGAAUGCGGUUUCCACCAUUGUCAAUUCAGGCUUAGACGUUUUCGCUCACAAUGUUGAAACCGUGAAAAGGCUCCAACGCAUAGUUAGAGAUCCAAGGGCCGGGUAUGAACAGAGCUUAUCGGUUUUAAAACAUGCUAAGAUCGUUAAGGAAGGAAUGAUAACGAAAACUUCUAUCAUGUUGGGACUUGGGGAAUCUGAUGACGAAAUUAUGGAAGCCAUGGCUGAUUUAAGAUCCAUAGACGUCGAUAUUCUCACCUUUGGACAAUAUUUACAGCCGACGCCAUUACAUCUGACUGUUAAAGAAUAUGUGACGCCUGAGAAAUUUGCCUUCUGGAAAGAAUAUGGAGAAUCGAUAGGCUUUCGAUACGUAGCCAGUGGGCCUCUGGUUCGAUCGUCGUAUAGAGCAGGAGAGCUCUUUGUUAAGACGAUGGUGAAAGAAAAGUCUAGAAUUACGCCAAACCUGUAAGCAUAGUCAUUCUUUUUAAUCGAAUUCUGAUAGAAUAGGGCAUUACAGUCUUAUUAUUGUUAAGGUUCAUGUUGUGGUUUGCCCUAUUAAAAUUAUGUAACAAGUUUGAUAAAUUAUUUUCACCUUUGA